UCAGUUUGUUUUGUUUUGUUUUGUCUUUUGGUACUGGGGAUCAAACUUGGGACCUUGUGCUUUCGAGCCAGGCGGCAGAACCACUGAGCUAAAUACUCAGCCCUACACGUCGGUUUUAUCAAACUGGAAUAAUGGGAAGAGUACCACUGGGAAUUAUGAAUUAUGACAGUAGAGUUUGAAACAGCUGAAACACUUCUAAAUUCAGAAGUUCAUAUGCUCCUGGAGCAUCGGAAGCAACAGAAUGAGAGUGCAGAGGAUGAGCAGGAGCUCUCAGGGGUCUUCAUGAAAACUUUGAACUAUACAGCUCGAUUCAGUCGUUUCAAAAACAGAGAGACCAUUGCAAGUGUCCGUAGUUUAUUGCUCCAGAAAAAGCUGCAUAAGUUUGAGUUGGCCUGUUUGGCCAACCUUUGCCCAGAGACUGCUGAGGAGUCCAAGGCUCUUAUCCCAAGCCUGGAGGGACGGUUUGAAGACGAGGAGCUGCAGCAGAUUCUUGAUGACAUCCAGACGAAGCGUAGUUUUCAGUAUUAAUCUGCAAACAUCACUCAGCUGCUUGGAGGGGACCACCUUCCCCAGGGCUGGAUUUGCCUUGCUCAGGAGAAAGCUGGGCUUCCUUUGGAGGGGACAGUGCAUCUUGUGUUGGUGCAGUGUGCUGUUGAGAUGUGACAGAGCCCAUGUCACUGAAUCUUGAGUGGCCUGGCAGUGACUGCCUGUUGCUGCCUAAGUAUGCUGCUGAGGUUGGAGGGGUGAUAUGUAGGCCAUGCUGUCGACUACCUCAUAUUGUGAUUUUUGGACUUCACAUUUUUUUUAUUCCUAAUCUUUCAUGUUUUAAUAUUAACGUGUUUGGGGCCGGGGAUUUAGCUCAGUGUUGCUGCACCUGCCUCUCAAGUGCAAGGUCCUGAGUUCCAUCACUGGUACCUUAAAAAAAAAAAUUAAUGUGUUUGUAGUUUGUGUGUGUGUGUUUAUAAUUUUUGAAACUAAAGGACAACAUGGGAAACUUCUAUGAGGAAAAAUAGUCUUAUCUAGAUACAAAAGAAAAGAUUAAACCAGACCAACAUUGU